ACAACGGAAAGUCUCUUUUUAUAGUCCCCAGCCAUUGGAACCGAGUCACGGGAUCUUAGGAUCUUUUACUCACCUAACGUUACUUUAUUAUUAUUAUUAUAGCAUAGCAUAGGCUGUCGAGUAGAGUAUGAGAUUUUAUUUUUUUCAUCACCUUCUCUAACCUCAUACUGAUUUUGGGCAAUAACAAGUUUUUAUUUUGUCUUCUUAUUCGGUAAAACAUUUUUUUUUUCUUUCUUUCUGUUUUCAACCCAGUGUUUGGUGUUACCUGCAUGGAUUUAAAGCUGUCUAUACCCUAUAAAGCUUACACGAGGAUUCGAUUGUUCGCUUUCUUUUUCUCUCACUUCGUUAAUUCUCUGCCAUUCAGAUUCUGGAGAUUUCUCUUCUCUUUCUCAUCAUCCCUUCUCUCUCUUUUUCUAUCUACUUCACCCCUAGUAGUGGUAGUAGUGGCUGGGAUAUAGAUUAUAGUUGAAUCUCAUCUCCAAAAGAAGCUUGACAAUUGACAUAUUGGCGAGACCCCUCAUCUCAUCUCUUAUGUUUGAACUCUGGCUCUUGUAUCAAGAAAUUGGAGAGGCAGUUGUCUUGAGAAGCCUUUGUGCUUAUAAAUUUUGGCACACAAGGUUCAGUUGCAUAGAGAGCGCAUGCCAGGGAACAAGUACGAGAGUAACCAACCCUUGUCGACCGGUCGAGUUGGACGGUUAGUGAAUGAUAGGAAGAUAAGGAGAAACAGCAGGACUUCUCAAUCAAACGAUGUAACUACUGAGAAUAAUAACAACAAUAAUAAUGGGGCUCAGUAUAUUGAGAAUGAUGUCUGCUUAACAGAAGAUGAUAAUUCGAAAGUUGCCACUGUUGAACAGUGCCCUGAAGGGGAUACUGCAACGACUAACAAUUAUGAGCGAUGUGAAACGCAAGAUAAAAAGCCUGCUAGGCAACGGUUAUUGGUAGUUGCUAACAGAUUACCAGUCUCUGCUGUAAGGAAAGGUGAAGAUGUAUGGCAUUUAGAGAUUAGUGCUGGGGGUUUAGUCAGUGCUCUUCUGGGCGUGAAGGAGUUUGAGGCAAGGUGGAUCGGCUGGGCUGGUGUAAAUGUGCCCGAUACAGUUGGACAGAAUGCACUUACUAAGUCUCUAGCCGAAAAAAGAUGUAUUCCUGUAUUUCUUGAUGAAGAGAUUGUUCAUCAAUAUUAUAAUGGCUACUGCAACAACAUUUUGUGGCCACUUUUUCAUUACCUUGGACUUCCACAAGAAGAUCGGCUUGCUACCACCAGGAGUUUCCAGUCUCAGUUUGCUGCAUAUAAGAAGGCAAAUGAAAUGUUUGCUGAUGUGGUUAUCAAGCAUUAUGAAGAGGGUGAUGUUGUUUGGUGCCACGAUUACCAUCUUAUGUAUCUUCCAAAAUGCUUGAAAGAUUUCAAGAAAUCAAUGAAAGUUGGUUGGUUUCUACAUACACCUUUUCCUUCAUCUGAAAUUCACAGGACAUUGCCAUCUCGAUCAGAGCUGUUGCGCUCAGUUCUUGCUGCAGAUUUAGUCGGUUUUCAUACAUAUGACUAUGCACGUCAUUUCGUUAGUGCUUGUACUCGCAUUCUUGGAUUGGAGGGUACUCCCGAGGGAGUUGAGGAUCAAGGGAGGCUUACUCGAGUGGCUGCAUGUCCCAUCGGUAUAGAUUCAGAGCGCUUUAUACGUGCACUGGAGCUUCCUCAAGUCCAGGAACACAUCAGAGAACUUAAAGAAAGAUUUGCUGGGCGGAAGGUAAUGUUAGGUGUAGAUCGCCUUGAUAUGAUCAAAGGGAUUCCUCAGAAGAUAUUGGCCUUCGAAAAAUUCCUCGAGGAAAACCCUGCCUGGCGUGACAAAGUAGUCUUGUUGCAGAUUGCUGUGCCAACAAGAACAGAUGUUCCAGAGUAUCAAAAACUCACAAGCCAGGUCCAUGAAAUUGUUGGACGAAUUAACGGCAGAUUUGGAACAUUGACAGCUGUUCCAAUACAUCACUUGGAUCGCUCUCUUGAUUUCCAUGCUUUAUGUGCUCUAUAUGCUGUCACAGAUGUAGCACUAGUCACAUCUUUAAGGGAUGGUAUGAAUCUUGUCAGUUAUGAGUUUGUAGCAUGCCAAGAUUCAAAGAGAGGAGUCUUGAUUCUUAGUGAGUUUGCUGGUGCUGCACAAUCUCUAGGUGCAGGAGCCAUUCUAGUGAACCCGUGGAACAUCACUGAAGUUGCUAAUGCAAUUGGCCAAGCUUUGGAUAUGGAACCUGAGCAAAGAGAAAAGCGACAUAAUCACAACUUUUCGCAUGUGACUACACACACUGCACAAGAAUGGGCGGAGACUUUUGUGAGUGAACUAAAUGAUACUGUUGUUGAGGCGGAAAUACGAAUUCGAGAUUCAACACCUGAUUUUCCUAAUAAUGAUGCAAUUAAAGGCUAUUUGCGCUCUAAUAAUCGAUUGCUCAUACUGGGAUUCAAUGCAACAUUAACUGAACCUAUAGACACACCGGGACGAAGAGAUCAAAUUAAAGAAAUGGACCUUAAAUUGCAUCCAGAGUUGAAGGCACCAUUAAGGGCACUUUGCAACGAUCCUAAAACAACAGUUGUAGUCCUCAGUGGGAGUGACAGAGUUGUCUUAGAUGAUAACUUCAAGGAGUUUGACAUGUGGUUGGCAGCAGAGAAUGGAAUGUUUUUACGGCAUACAAAGGGUGAUUGGAUGACAACAAUGCCUGAGCACUUGACUAUGGAGUGGGUCGAGAGUGUGAAGCAUGUCUUCGAGUAUUUCACAGAGAGAACACCAAGGUCCCACUAUUACCAACGUGACACUUCCCUUGUAUGGAACUACAAAUAUGCAGAUGUCGAAUUUGGACGACUGCAAGCAAGAGAUAUGCUGCAGCAUCUAUGGACGGGCCCUAUUUCUAAUGCAUCUGUCGAUGUUGUUCAAGGCACCCGUUCUGUCGAGGUGCGAGCAGUUGGUGUCUCAAAGGGUGCAGCAAUUGACCGUAUCUUGGGGGAGAUAGUCCACAGUAAAUGCAUGACAACACCCAUAGAUUAUGUCCUCUGUACUGGGCAUUUUCUCGUAAAGGAUGAAGAUGUGUACACCUUUUUUGAGCCAGUGCUUCCCUUAGAUUCCCUUGGUCUUGCUAGAAUCAAGGGAAGUGAGAGUCAUAAUAAUAAUAAGCCACCAUGUGAGAGAAGAUCUUCUGUGAAGGCUACCGCAAAUAAGAAUGGGACAAAAUCAUCUCAAAGCAAGAACCAACGACCUUCCUCAAAUGGCCCAAAUCACGACAAGAGAAGUGCCAAUCACAAACCAGCGCAAGACAAGGGCUCCUGGAAUGUACUUGAUCUCAAGGUUGAGAAUUACUUCUCUUGUGCUGUUGGGCGGCAACAGACAAAUGCUAGGUAUCAACUUGGCUCAUCUGACUCUGUGGUCUCCUUUCUCAAGCAACUGUCUCAUUCAUCUUUAUAAACCAAUUUUCGACUUCUUCUGCUGCCUCAUGCCAACAACUUUAAAAUCAUUAUUAUUAUUAUUAGGACAAAUAACCCUCUUGAGUCUUGCCCUCUCCUCAUUUUUGCAAGAAGUUGUCAUUUACCCCAUAUCAUAUCAUCAUUUGUAUUUAUGUCUAUUUGCCCCAUAUUUCUAAUUUACCUCAUUCCUCUAUUCUAAAACCAAAUUUACUAUUUAUUGAA